AUGCGGAGGCGGUUGUUCUGCGAAGACCGCUUUAUAGCUGCCGUGCUUUCCUUGCUGCUGCUGGGCGGCGGCAUGUGCCGCGGCUUCGCCGCGCCAAAUGCAGCUGCAGAUGCUCCGUACAAGAAGGCCAUCGAGGCUUUGGGCCAGGAAGACUGGCAGGCCGCGCUGGUUCUCUUUACGGACAUGUGCGAAAUGGACCCCGCGGCUGCGCUGAACGCGCCGACCUUCGGCGCGGCGUUGAACGUCACCGGUGCAGCUCAGCAGUGGCUGCAGGUGAUGGGACUGCUGCAGGAGGCACAGAACCGGGAGGUCCAGCUCGAUGCGGAGAUCUACCGCACGGCCGCUCGGGCCUUCGCUGAAGCCUUGGCCUGGCAACAGGCCGUCUUGCUCCUGGAGACGGCGCCAGAGGCCGGCCUACUGCCAAGCGUGGUUGAGGCUUGCGGGCGCGCGGGGCAGCCUGUUGCCGACUUCUUGGCAGGUCCUUUGGAUUCAGACCUAGGCCUGCAGGUCUUGAAGUCUCUGCGAGAUCUGUCAUUCUGGCAAGAUGCGAUGCAAGUGCUGGCGCGGAUGCGAGGCCAACGUCUAGCGCUGGGUGCAGAUCACUUCGUAGAGGCGAUGGCGGCGUGCGACCCAGGCUGCAGGGAGCGGGUGCUUGGCAGCCCUGAGGGCGCUACAUCUCGGCCUUUGGAGGUGAUCCGCCUCUUUGCGGCGGCCAAAGCCUUCGGCGUGGAAGGCAGCACCCGCUUCUACCAGGCGGCCUUGGGCGGCAGCUGCUUCUGGGCUUGGGCGUUAUACGUGCUGGACGACAUGGAGGCCAACGGCUUCGCACCGGAGGCCGAGGAUCUCAAUGUGCUCCUCAAGGCCCUGGCGACCGCACAGCCUGAGGAGCCGCGUCAGCGCACUGCGCAGCAAACAGCGGCGGCGCGCGCCAGGAAGGUCUUGCGCGCGAAGACUGAGCCUCCCAGCAAGGGUGUCCGACCCUCUAGGGUGAAGCACUCCCCGGUCGUGGUUUGGGACUCGCCUCAGCCUCGAGCACCGCCGCAGUUCCUGGAUGAGACGGCGCAGGCCCUAGCUCCCGCGGAAAUGCGCCGCAACGAGCCCUACGUCGGUGGACCCUUUCGCAAGUGGCAGAUGGCUCUGAGCAUGCUGCAGAAGUUUGACGCCUACGGCAUCAGCGCUGAGACAGACAGCUUCAACCACAUCAUUUCGGCCUGCACGAGGGCGCAAGAGCUUGCGCCCUGCAGAGGCUUGCUUGAUAUGAUGCGAGGCCAAGGAGUCCCUCUGAACACGGUGACCUGCGACCGCCUCAUAGGCGGCUGCUGUGAGAAAGGCCUCUGGGAGCAGGCGCUGCUGCUCCUGGACCGCGCCAAGUUCCUGCAGCUCGCCGGCGGCAGCACCUUCCAGCAGGGGCUCAAGGCCUGUGCGCGAGGCAGGCAGCCCAGACUGGCAAUUGCGCUGCUCGAUGAGAUGGAUCGAGGCGGCAGUGCCGAGGGGGUCACGGGUGCGGCUCUGGACGCCGCGAUGGCCACCUGCGCCAAGUGCCACUUGUGGGUCCAGGUCUUAGCAUUGCUGCACCAGCUGAAGAGGCGGAACUUGGGCACUCGCCCAGCAACCUACGCCGCAGCAGUGGAGCCGUCCCCAGAGUCGGGGAGUCGGGCGGAAAGGCCAGAGGAGCCCAUCACUCAGGAAUCCUAUGCUGGAAGUGGACCCUGGGAGAAUGCGCUGGAGCUCUUGGAGGAAGCCAAGAGCUGCAGCCAAGCGGAUGGCCGAGUCUUCGCUGGAGCUGUGGCUGCCUGCGGGGAUCGCUGGCAGCUGAUCUUGUCAGCUGUGGUGUCCAUGCGGGAGCUGCGCAUCGCGCCGGAGCGCGACACGUACUCGGAUCUGCUGCGGAGCUUCCAGCUGGUGGGGCGCUCCGCCGAGGCUGCCAUGUUUUUGGAGGCGCCUCUGGUGGAGGAAGAGCGUAUUGGAGAGCCAAAGGCUGCAGAGGAAAAAGGAGGAUGGUUCUGGGAGAAGCAGCCUCCGGCCAUGUUUCGAGGCAAUGUGCAGUCGGUGCGAAGUGGAUCAGCCGCUCCAGUUGGGGAUCGCUACAACAAGGAGCCCAUCCCCGAUGAGGACUGGUGGCUGCGAGGCAACAACCGGGCCAAGCUUCUGACAACGGCGCCCUUCACCUUCUACGACGGCAACCCGUUGGGGAAGAAGAACUUUCAGGCGCAGUGUGUUGGUCCAGAUCACUCGAGACGAGUGGCCCAGCAGCUGGGCCGCAUUGGGCACAGCUUCUCAGAGGCGAACCUGCAGGUGCUCAAAGAGGACCCCACUGCCCGGCGCUACAUGUCCCACCGCUACGCCGAGCUCAUGGGCUCCGUGGGGCACUGCUCCCGCUCCACCCCCUGGCUCCCCGGCACGGAGCGACUGGAGCGCCGGCCGAAGGCGUCCGCGUAUGCACCGGCAAACAACGCUCCGAGCGCGCCGGCGAACGCUCCAAACGCGGCGAACGCGGCGAAGCUGCCGACGGUGAAGCUGCCCAAAGCGGAGAUGCGAAGAACCAUGGAUGGAUCUACCAUCGUGGUGCUGCAGAGCCCUCAGUUGCUCCGAAAGCUGCCCCAGUCUGGAUGUGCAAACUAUGCAAAGGAAAAGGAGGCCCCCUGCACCGCCUCAGGCCGAAUCCCCGGCUUCCUCGCGGCCAGGAAGGGCGGGGGCGCGGCCUUGUGGCCAGGUCAGCGGGAGCUCACUGCCUUGCCGUAA